UGUAUAUAAUACACUGAAAAUAUCAUCAUCUCCACCUCAAGCCACCUUCGUCCAUGGCUAGCUCCAAGCUUGCGAUCGCUUCCUUGCUCAUCGUUGCCUCCCUUCUUCUCCUCCAAGUCGCUGCAGCUGAUGUUCAGGACUCGCAGGCAAAAGGAGAUGUAGCGGAGAAAACGCUUCUCAAAAAGAUGGAUUGCGGCGGAGCGUGCUCUGCACGGUGCAGAUUAUCAUCGAGGCCAAGGCUGUGCCAGAGGGCGUGCGGCACGUGCUGCGCCCGGUGCGACUGCGUACCACCAGGCACCUCGGGCAACCUCGACGCCUGCCCUUGCUACGCCAGCCUCACCACCCACCGCAACAAGCGCAAGUGCCCUUAGAAGCUGCAAAUCGUUUUGGUCCGAGGGUGGCGGGCGUGUGUGUACGUGUAUUUUCCCAGUCAAGGUUGUGUCGUCGCUAAUAAAACACCAACAUUGUACCUUAGUCAUUACCUAUGAGCAUGUUAUGUGAUCAGAAGAGUAAAAUUUUCCC